AUGUUGAUUGAUGAUGCUGUUAAAAGAUCUGGACAAAACUACAGUAGAGGUGGGACUGAGAAAGGAAGAACUUUGGACUUCAUCAAGCCUGAAAAUAACCCAAAGCAAGCGGUGAUUAACUGGGCCUCUCUUCGAGAAAACAAAGCUAAAUAUGAAGCUAUGAAGUGGGCAGACUUGCCUCCAAUUGAGAAAAACUUCUAUAAAGAAUCGUCCAGGACUGCAUCUAUGUCACAAGACGAAGUGGAACUGUGGCGGAAAGAAAAUAAUAAUAUAAUUUGUGAUGACUUAAAAGAAGGUGAAAAGCGCCGCAUUCCCAACCCUGUUUGUAAAUUUGAAGAUGUAUUUGAGCAUUAUCCUGAUAUUAUGGCUAAUAUAAGAAAAGUUGGUUUUCAAAAGCCUACACCAAUUCAGUCCCAGGCAUGGCCGAUCAUACUCCAAGGAAUUGAUCUUAUUGGUAUAGCACAGACUGGUACUGGGAAGACAUUAGCGUACUUAAUGCCUGGAUUCAUUCACUUGACUUCACAACCAGUAUCCAAAGAUCAGCGUGGGGGGCCAGGAAUGUUAGUCCUUGCUCCCACUCGAGAACUGGCACUUCAAGUGGAGGCAGAGUGUUUGAAGUACACAUACAAAGGAAUUAAAAGUAUUUGCAUAUAUGGUGGUGGGGACCGAAAAGGACAGAUAAACGUGGUUACGAAAGGUGUGGAUAUUGUUAUUGCUACUCCUGGCAGACUGAAUGAUCUUCAAAUGAACAACUUCAUAAAUCUGAAGAGCAUAACAUACCUGGUUUUAGAUGAGGCUGACAGAAUGCUGGAUAUGGGAUUUGAACCUCAGAUAAUGAAGAUCCUGAUAGAUGUGCGGCCUGACAGACAAACUGUUAUGACAAGUGCUACUUGGCCUGAUGGUGUUCGUCGCCUAGCAAAAUCUUAUUUGAAAAAUCCCAUGAUUGUAUAUGUUGGCACUCUUGACUUAGCAGCAGUAAAUACAGUAGAACAGAGAGUUAUUGUUAUCGCCGAGGAGGAAAAAAAAGCUUUCAUGCAAUACUUCAUUGACUCCAUGAAGCCAAAGGAUAAGGUCAUCAUUUUUGUGGGGAAAAAAAUUACAGCUGAUGACUUAGCAAGCGACUUUGGUCUCCAAGGAAUUCCAGUACAGUCACUUCAUGGUAACAGGGAACAGUGUGAUCGGGAACAGGCUUUAGAUGACUUCAAGAAAGGCAAAGUCAGAAUACUGGUAGCUACUGACUUAGCAUCCCGUGGCCUUGAUGUGCACGAUAUUACUCAUGUUUUUAAUUUUGACUUCCCUCGCAACAUUGAAGAAUAUGUUCAUAGAAUAGGUCGUACUGGAAGAGCAGGACGUACUGGGGAGGCAAUAACGCUUGUCACUAAGAAUGAUUGGAGGGUUGCAUCUGAGCUGAUUCAAAUUCUGGAAAGAGCAAAGCAAGUAGUUCCUAACGAGCUUAUUGCAAUGGCAGAAAGAUACAAACAAUUCCAAAUCAGAAAAGAAGUUGACAAGGAUAUACAAAGACCUCAGAGAAAGCCCUCAAAAUAA